UUCUCAUUAUCCUUGGUGAUUCUGGUGGAGUGACAACAAUUAACGAUUCGAUCAAUUUAAUUACUAUUAAUUUAGUUCUUUUUGUUUUAAUUUGUGUAUUAACCAAGAAUUAGCUCACAACGGGUUAACCCGUUGUGAAAUUUUCGUCAAAAGACCUUUAGUUUUAUUUUCACCGCUUCUUUUUCUCUCAUUUCCCGUUCGCAUUUUUUUUCUUCUCUCUUACCUUUUCCUGUUUUUUUCUCUUUUCUCCAUCUUGAUUUUUUUCUUCUCUUUUUCUCUAUAACCAUUUUCUACUUUACAACAUUCAUCUUAUUUUAAUUUUCUAUUUUAAAUUGUGUAUUAAUUUGAUCCAACAACAAGUCCUCUGUGUGGUUGAUUCUCUCUAAGUAAACGAGGGUUAAUCCUCUGGCUCCUGGGCUUCUUGAACUUUGGUUUCCUUGGUUUCCAAGUCAUCCAAUCAAGGGAAUAUUUUAAGAGACAAUCUGAUCAAGAGUCUUAUCUCUACUCUCGGAUCCAUCCAUCUCCAUUCAAUUCACUUUGAUUUAAUAUUUACUUUUUCGUUAUUAAGUGAUUUUGGUUUCCUGUUUGAUUUAAACAAAAGAAAAAAAAGAACCGAAAAUGAGUAAUAUUGAAAAUAUUGAUUGUUACGUUGCUCUUGAUGAUUGUUCGCCAACCGUUCAAGAAUACAUCAGCCAGUCCACCCAAGUCCCAGGCCAGGAGGAUGCCUUUUAUGUUGUCGAUAUUGAUGACAUUCUUAUCAAACAUCGUAAUUGGAUUCAAAACUUACCUCGAGUGCGACCUUAUUACGCUGUUAAAUGCAAUAGUAGUCGAGCUAUCCUUGAAAUCCUGUUGGGUAUGGGACUCGGCUUCGAUUGCGCCAGCAAAAACGAAAUUCAAGAAUUGAUUUCAUUGGGUGCCCAGCCUAAGGACAUUAUUUUCGCUAAUCCCUGCAAACCUAAAUCCCACAUUGAAUAUGCUGGUAAAUUUGGUGUCAAAUUGAUGACCUUUGAUAACACUGAAGAGCUAUAUAAGGUGGCUCGAUAUAUGCCUGACGCUCAACUUGUCUUACGGAUCCGAGUUCCUGACGAGCACGCUGUUUGUGUUCUAGGUACAAAAUAUGGUGCUGAACUGGAUGACGUCACAAUUUUACUAUCUUUGGCCAAGAAGUUAGGCCUUAAUGUGACAGGAGUCAGUUUCCAUGUUGGCAGUGGUUGUACCAGUGCUGAAGCUUACAAAUUUGCUCUUCAAAACUCUCGCUACGUUUUUGAUGUCGCCAUUGGAUUAGGUUUCCAGAUGAACCUUUUGGACAUUGGUGGAGGUUUUCCUGGAUCACCUGAUUCUUCAGUCACUUUUGAGGAGAUGGCAAAAGUGAUCAACACCAACUUAGAUCUCUAUUUCCCGGAUGACCAAGAACUUAACAUCAUCGCUGAACCGGGUCGUUAUUACGUUGCAUCAGCUUUCACCUUAGCCUGUAACAUUAUCGCUAAAAAAGUUAUCACCAAUCCAGAUGGAUCUCCUAAUGCCAUGUACUAUAUUAACGAUGGUGUUUAUGGAUCAUUCAACUGUACCAUCUUUGAUCACUAUGUUGUAUCACCAACAACCCUCGAUUAUCAUUGCUCUUCAAAUGAUAACAAUGAGCAAGAUUUAUCAAUCAUGCAACGACCAUAUUUACAAUCAACCAUUUGGGGACCAACUUGUGAUAGUAUGGAUUGCGUCAAGAAAGAUUUUCACUUUCCCGAAAUGCAAGUAGGUGAAUGGAUCGUUUUUCCCGAUAUGGGCGCUUACACUAUUUGUGCUGCCUCCAAUUUCAAUGGUUUCAAGACUCCUGGCCUUAAAUUUUACGUUAAAAGUUAUGGAUACGAGGUGAUCUCACAAUUUUACAACUGGACUAAAAUCGCCAAAAUGUUAUCCAUCCGACCAACUGGAGUUGACCUGAAAAGUAAAACUUUCCGAAGUGGUUCCCUUCUCAACAUGAUUGAGGUCAAUUGAAUCGCCAGUGAUUUAACAAAAAGACUCAAAAUUUGGCCUUUUACAAGUAAAAUUGUUGUAGUUUUUUACAUUAGAUUUGGUCCUUUACCAAUGGACAAUUUUUUAUUCUUAAUUGCUCAAAAAAACUUGUACUCACUGGGA